UAUUAAUCGAAUAGCAAACAAAUCUUGAAGCAGCUGAUGCUAAUUAAAUUGACUUGAUUCCUAUUCCGAUGUGGUAUAUAAUAUCUAUUGGCACGUGAAAUAAACAAAAUUUAAAUUGUGUGUACUUUAAAACAUGAAUUUAUUGCCGAAAUCACAUGAGGAAUUCGCACAGCCCGAAUAUUGGAAUUCAUUCUUUACGAAGCGUGGAGAAAAGGCUUUUGAAUGGUAUGGCGAAUAUUUGGAAUUAUGUGAACAAAUACACAAAUAUGUGAAGUACACAGAUCAAAUACUAAUGCUAGGUUGCGGUAAUUCGCAACUUAGCAUGGAAAUGUACGACUCAGGUUUUAGAAAUAUUACAAAUAUUGAUAUAUCAACGGUGGCGAUACGAAAAAUGUUAGACUUAAAUGGAGAAAAGCGUCCAGGCAUGACGUAUUUACAAAUGGAUGCUACACAGAUGACGUUUGAGGAUGAUCAUUUUUCAGUGGCACUGGAUAAGGGCACAUUGGAUGCGCUUUUUGUUGAUGAUACGCCUGAAGUACAGGCAACGGUAGAACGUUACUUUAAUGAAAUUAAACGUACUAUGCGCAAUGGUGGCCGUUACUUGUGCAUAACACUAUUACAAGAGCACAUAUUGCGUUAUAUAUUAAAUUAUUUUCCACGUAACGGUUUUAUGUUACGUGUUGUACAUUGUACCGAUGCCGAUCGUGCUAAUCAGGAAAAGAAUGCCGACAAUCCCGAUGUCGGAGCCAUGCCUGUCUUCAUUGUUGUUGCGACGAAAUUCAAAGCUCUUCCAACUCCGAUUUUGGAAUUUAGUUUGGGUAAGGAUAAAAUGCAAAGAGUACAAAACGCCGAAGAACUUACAAAUGCUGUGACUGCGGUUCAGAAGGCGGCAUUGAUUUGUAACGGUCUAGCGCGCACCAGUAUUGCAGGGCAUAAAGAAGUUGUUAUGGACUUAUGUCAACCAGGCGAUUCCAAACCACGCUAUACAGUUUAUAUACUUGAUCAACCGCCAGCGAGAGGAUUGGGCAAGUUCGCGGCAUUUAUAGUACCUCAGGGAAGAGAAAUUGAAUGGCUCUUUGCUACCACUAAGGGACGGGAAAAAUUACAGAGUUCAGCAAAAUACCAACGUCUGGCCGUAGUUACGCUUCAUCGAGAUCAGACAUACUUGUCACUAGACAGCGUUAGAGCCGAAUUAGCAGACAGCAUAAAAUGCCUGGCCCCUAUUGGCCUGACGGAACAGAUUCCAUUCUUGUCAAUAGCUGCUGAUGUUGGCAAGCGUCAAACAUUAGUAAGUGGUUUUUCACAAAUUUCCGGCGAAUUUCGCAUUGAGGAAGUAGAGGGUGCUGAAGGAAAAGUUUUUCGGCGUUUGAUUUUCCUAAGUAAUCAAUUUGUAAUACAAUCGGAAGCGUUAGUUAAAACAAUAAAGUUAAAAGGGAAAAAGGAACGUAAGAAAAUCGAUUUUGGCUACUUGGCUUGUCAACAUCACCUGUAUAUGUCUGCCGGUGUUCAAUUGAUUACAGGUCCAAAAAAUAAUCCCAAUGAGCUCAAAGAUGUAGUUGUGGUGGGAUUAGGUGGUGGUGGCCUUUGUAGUUUUCUACAUGCAGCAGUGCCAAAUGUUCGAUUAACAGCUGUUGAAAUUGAUCCUAUAAUGCUGGAAGUGGCGGAACAAUAUUUUGAACUGAAACAAGAUAACCGGUUUCAUGUCGUAAUCGAUGACGGUUUAGCAUUCUUAGACGUUUGCAAAAGGGAAGAAAUCAAAUUCAGUGCAGUGUUAUUUGACGUCGAUAGCAAAGAUUCUUCGCUUGGCAUGAGUUGUCCACCCAAGAGUUUCCUUGAACCUGCCGUACUCGAGAACAUCAUGUCGAUUAUUGGUGAUAAAGGACUAUUUAUCUUGAAUUUAGUGUGCCGCGAUGAAGUUUUGCGAGACGAAGCCUUAGUACAGCUACGUGCUGCCUUUAAAUCAGUUUGCUGUUACAAACUCGAUGAAGAAAUUAAUGAAGUUAUUUAUUGUUCAAACAAUGAAAAGUACAAAAGCAUAGAGGAAUGGAAAAAGGAUUUAGGCGCGGCAGCUCGUCGUUUAAAUACUGCGACGAGAGAGAAGAAAUUAUAUGACGAUGAUAUGUUGGAAGUAACAGAGUUUUUGAAUGAUUUAAAAAUGUAAUUCUGUUGAAAGUUAAUGUAGUAAAAUUUGUUUUAACUAUAAA